AUCAAUUCAAUCAUUUUUUGACUUGUAAUACAAAUAUGGUGGUGAUUAUACAUGCAGUGCUGAUUGCUGCUUUGGCUACAGUCGUUUUUGGACAACCUGGUAUGUCGUUCACAGUCAGUACAAAUGGUCGAUGUGGAAAAAAGUUGGGUACCACAUGUCCAGGCAACAGUUGCUGCUCUCAAAAUAAUAUGUGCGGCCACUCCGAUAGCGAUUGUGGAGAUGGAUGUCAGAUUGGAUACGGAUUAUGUUCAGAAAUUCGUAGCUCUAUUACUCUAUCUAGCAAGGUUACCAUAUAUGACGGACAAUGUGGACCAGAGUUUAAAAUCAAAUGCUUCAAAAAUCGAUGCUGUUCUAAAAAAGGAUACUGUGGACUUGGCAGCUAUUAUUGCCAAGCCGGAUGCAAGAAAGGAUAUGGAGAUUGCUGGGGUACUAAUACACCGUCUAUUUUGAAUAGCAAUUUUGUAUAUAACCCGAGUAACAGCUGUGGACCAGAUGUCAAUAUCAGAUGUGGAGACAAAAAAUGCUGCUCUAUAGGUGGAGUCUGUGGAUCAAGUAAUUAUCACUGUGGGGUAGGAUGUCAAGGAAGAUAUGGAUCCUGCUCAAAAGCUGGAACAUCAACCGACCUGAUAUCGGUAUUGCCCAAAUCAAACAUUAAGCAUCCAAUCAGUAAAAACAAUCGAUGUGGAAAAAAGUUCGGCACCAGAUGUCCAGGUCAAAAAUGCUGCUCUGGAAAAGGAUUCUGUGGAAAAACUCCUUCUCAUUGUGGGAAAAAUUGCCAGAAAGACUUUGGAUCCUGCUCAAAAGCUGGAACAUCAACCGACCUGAUAUCGGUAUUGCCCAAAUCAAACAUUAAGCAUCCAAUCAGUAAAAACAAUCGAUGUGGAAAAAAGUUCGGCACCAGAUGUCCAGGUCAAAAAUGCUGCUCUGGAAAAGGAUUCUGUGGAAAAACUCCUUCUCAUUGUGGGAAAAAUUGCCAGAAAAGUUUUGGAUCCUGCUCAAAAGCUAAAACAGUGCUCAAGUCAAAAGCCGAGUUGUAGUUUAUAGAAUUACAGUUAUAUUCACGUAAAGUGCAACAUUAAAUAAGUGUCAAAAUACAUAAUAAACGCACAGUUUCAUGUUUGAUUGGUAUCAAUCUUACUGAACAUUGU